GAGAACGACGGGAGCAGACAGUUGGGGGAGGGGUCUGUGUGUGUGUAUACACUGUAGGACUCAGCACCAGCAGCAACUCUACAGCCGUAGUAAAGUCUCUAACGGUCGGCCCCCUUUUUUGACCGAAAGCCUCGUACAAAAAGUUGAUAAAUGAGGGGGGACUUAUCAAAAAUUGGGUGAAGCAGCUCUUGCUCGCCCUGAAGUUAUCAUUUAUAUUAUCGCGGAGGACAAGGGGAUACUUUUAAUUCGUCCGUUUGUUUUCAAAUGAAGCAACCGAGACAUGCCAGUGGAAAUGUUACAUCCGAAUCCAAUGCCUCCCUAGGUUUGUCACCGAUCCAAACCCAUACGCUUGUGUGGAUCUGUUGAGGGUGCUUUGCCAGCGUUGGAGCCCAGCGAUGUGGAUCAGCAUGCUUUACAAUGAGACUGACGCCAUCGUGGACUUCCAGCUCUCACAGGAUUUGGGCCUCAUCCUGUCAAUCCUUUCCAUCAUCUACCUCGUGGUCUGCUUUCCCUUGGGGCUGUGCUAUAACAUCCUGCUGGUUGCGGUGAACCUCUCCAAUAAGGUCUCCAUGACCAUGCCGGAUGUCUACUUCGUCAACAUGGCCAUCGCGGGACUCGUGCUCAACCUGGUGGCGCCUGUGGAGCUCCUCAGCUCCACGUUCACUCGGUGGCAUGCAUGGGAGUACAACGAUGAGGUCCACAUCACUUUGCUCAUCCUCUUCAACAUCUCGUCCCUGGUCAUCAUGUACUCCACCACGCUGCUCAGCCUGGACUACUACAUAGAGCGGGCGCUGCCGCGGACAUACAUGUCCAGUGUUUACAACACCAAGCACGUGUGUGGCUUCAUUUGGGGUGGCGCUGUGUUGACCAGCUUCUCCUCGCUGCUCUUCUAUGUGUGCAACCACAUCUCCACCAAGAUGGUCGAGUGCUCCAAGAUGCAAAACAAGGAGGCGGCUGACGCCAUCAUGAUGUUUAUCGGCUAUGCCGUUCCGGCCGUGGCCGUUCUUUACGCUUUCGUGCUCAUUUUGCGCAUCAGGAAGGAGUCCACUCCUCUGGAUCAGGACUCGGCUCGCUUGGAUCCAUCUAUACACCGGCUGCUGCUGGCAUCGGUGUGUGUGCAGUUUGUCCUGUGGACCCCGUACUACAUGACCCUCCUAGUGCACACCAUCACCGGUGCGCCAAAGUACAUCAGCAAUGGCCAUUACCUGCCUUCCUAUAACUUCAUGAGGUGCGUGUCAAAGCUGCUGGCGUUCUCCAGCAGCUUUGCAAUGCCACUCAUGUACAGACAGAUGAACAAAAACUUCUCCGGCAAGCUUCAGCGGCUGCUCAGGAGGCUGCAUUGCAGGGACCAGUCCUGCCCUCAUGAACACUCAGCUGUGCAGCAAGUGGUGACGUGAAACUCCUUUCACCCCCCCCCUCUUCCACCUCUUGGCCCAGCCAGCACUUAUCUCCCUCCUCUCCUCACUGCACCAUCCCUGCACAACCAGUGUGUGACUGGGCUUCCUCAACUAUCUCAACUGUGUGUGGAGCGUCAUUGCUAACUGUGGAAUUUCCUGUCCCCUGCCAGAGCUUAAUCUGAUCCUUCUCUCUGUGCAGUGAUGGAACAAAUCACAGAAAUAAAAAAAAACAUUUGCUGCUUUUUUUUUUUUUUGGUCAGAGAUAAGAGACUUUUGGUAGUUCAAAGGUGUUAAAGUUUGUACAAUCAUUUGAUAUCAGUGAAGUUAGAGUUUAACCCAAACAUCGAGGUAUAAUUGUAAAGCUGUCUUCAAGCAGCAUACCAUAGUGGAUGUUUGGCUUAUACACGACUGCCUACAUUUCAUCAUGUGAAUCAUAAUUAAUUAAGCAUAAAAGUUUUUAUUUCACACAAGCCGAAUCAAUAAGCUAGAAACCCAGAAAUUAAAUAAUAGAGAUGCACCAGUUGGGCUUUUCUUGGCCGAUAACAAAUGUUCUGGAGGUGGUUUGGUAGAGCUAUAGAUCAAAAUCAAUGUUACUAACCUUUCUUUGUCUUUUUUAAUAAACAGAAAAAAUGCAUCAAAAAUCAAAAAAAUGGAAUCAUGCUUCAAAAAUAUUUGGAGUUCUCCAUUUUAAUGCAUUUAAUGUAUUAGGAAAAAAAAUUAUUCUUUAGUAUUUGAUCUGCCAAUCAAGAUACUAUUUUGAUCUCUGGGUAAUUAAUUGGUGCAUCUCUAUUAGAUUAUGUAUCUUAGUGCUUCAUACUAAAGUGUAGCUAUAGCGGUGAAUAUAGCCAUCUCUAAGCAAAAAUCCACCCGAAUUAGAAGGCGACUUGGUUCGGUUUAAUGUUACUGUUCAGGAUUCUUGAUCAUAAUAUUGCCUAAUCUGCACAUUUUUUAAGGGAAAGAACCAUUUUUUUUCUUCUAGAAUUUGUCGAAUCUGUUUACCAGUGGCAGAUCCACCCUGCAGCUAUGAGUACUGGAAUGAAGAUGCGUUUUCUUUGACUCAGUUUCACAGGCACAGAGAGCUUACUCUCACAUGUGCCUAGCUCCUCAGUAGAUUUGCUACUGUAGUUUUAUUCACACCACCUCACCACCUUAAAAUCUCACUUGACAAAUAGAAGUGAAGCUUGUAUUCAGGGCUCAACGUAACCGGCGUACCUCUUACUUCUCUGCUGAAACAUUAUUACCCGUUAGUCAUAAGCAGAUCCACUGAGUGCAUUAACCUGAGCUAGAAAACCCGGUCUCUGGAUUUUAUUUUAUUUUUUUUCUGAGUUGUCUUUCACUUCUGCGGGUAUUCUGUGUGCAGAACUUCACAUAGUGUCAGUGACGUCCAUGCAGAGGCUUGUAACCAAACACAAGCGGUUUGGAGGUUUUGGCCAGUUGAAACAUUUAAAUUCUCUGGAUCACAGGAGAAAAAAAAACUAUGUAGAAAAUUUGGAAAAACUUGUAUAUUGAACACCUGUUUGUUAUGCGGGUCGGAUGCUGCUCAGAUGCAUUUAAGCUACUUUGCUUUUUUUUGUCUGCCAUUUAUUUAAAAGAGUAUAUAUUAUUGAGCUCUUAUAAAAUGCUAAAUAAAAAGGUUACAAUUGC